CAAAGAGGGAGAAGAAGAAGGGGGAGCGUUUCCGCCAAGAUGGUUGUCGGUGCCUUCCCUAUCGCCAAGCUCCUCUAUCUCGGAGUGAGGCAGAUGAGCAAGCCUGUGGCGAAUCGGAUUAAAGCGGGAGCCCGGAGAAGCGAGUUCUUCAAAAACUACGUCUGUCUGCCGCCGGCACAACUUUACCACUGGAUUGAGAUGAGAACAAAGAUGCGGAUCAUGGGCUUCCGGGGUUCCGUCAUUAAGCCGCUGAAUGAGGACAUGGCUGCAGAGCUGGGCGCAGAGUUGCUAGGAGAGGCAAUCAUCUUCGUCGUCGGUGGUGGAUGUAUGGUGCUGGAGUACAGCAGGCAGGCCGCUAACUCUCGCCGCAAAGAGGAGGAGCUGACUGAGACCCUCACGGGCCUACAGACUCAACUAGCAGAACUGACACUAACCACAGAGACUUUAGAUGCUCGGCUGCGAGAGGUCAACAGACAGCUGCUGUCCUUUCCUGCCCCCAAUAAGUGAUUGAAUGAAUCCGUUGCUAUUAGCAUGGCACUAUGUGUUUAUCUGUGUGUGAAGGAAUAAGAGUGCACAAACAUAGUUCAGCCACAUGAAUAGCCUGAUGACUUCACACAUUGUCCUCUAACCCCAUUAAAUUGUGUGAAAGAGGUGGACAUGAGCAUGUCAGUGCGCUGUGGAUUUGGUUUCUAUCAUAAACUCGUGUUUUAAAAUGUUUUGUUAAAGGGGGGAUUGCUAUGAUAUUCAUAGUGGAUUUCUGUGGGUCGUCUCACAUGUUCAUUGUAAGACUUAACUGUAUAUAAAGAUUUACAGUGGAAGGUGAUGGUAACCCUAAAGUUAAUAUAUUUGUUGACAGCUCAACAUUACCUUUCAUUUCAGUGAUCUUCAUGGACCGUAGUAAUUUGGCAAACAGAUUUUCACGAUUCAUUGAUUACAGCUCGGACUCUGGAUUAUUUAAUACCUCUAAAAAAACAAACAAACAAACUAACAAGGACUUGGUCACAUCAUUGGAUAAUUGUGGACAGUAUCUGCCCCUACAGUUUUGUGUGGACAUGUCAUACUGUAUUUACACUGUGAAUCCCUUUGCUGGUUCAUGUACACAGUGUGUGAUGACAACUGUAAAGGGAAGGUGUCAAAUAAAACUGUAUGCUGUCUGUUAA